AUGUCAGAACAGUAUGGAGAUGGCUCGAUGAUGCCAGCCUUUGGACAAGAUUUCGGUCCACAAGGAGUUCACUUCGAAGAUCCGCAAUUGCAGCAAGACAAAGAUGUUAUUUCAAGCCACCCGUUAUUUCCCUUGCUACGAUUAAUCUUCCAAAAAUGCGAGCUCGCCACAGCCAACCCACGUGACUCGUCUGCAGGACCAGCUGAUGUCUGUUCUGCUGAGAGCUUUUCUGAGGACAUCUCCCGUUUUGCAUCUGAAUUCAAGAACGACCCGUCAAGACAAUGGUGCUACGACCCGAACUCCGAGAGCGACCAGCUGAUGGUGAUGGCCAUCGGCGUCCUCCGCCUCCACCUGCUCGAGCUCGAAAAGGUGCAUGAACUAUGUAGAAGCUUCACAGAUCGGUACAUACAGUGCUUGAAGACGAAAAUGCCGGUGGAAAUUGUUAUCGACGAUCGUGACUCGCCACCUUUGUCGAGUAACUUUGACGAGUUCUCAGUAAGUUUUGCCGGAUUGGGCUUCAGCCCCGCAGCGUCGGAUAAGCAAAUGUCCGAAGGUGAGCCCGGAAGUCCGAGGGCGAACAACUCCAGCAGCGCGAUGUCUCAAGACGGUUUUCCGAAAGGCAUCAGCUUAGAGAUUGAAGAAGUCGGUGGUGCUCCCGCCGACAUUGUCCACACCGAGAUCAUUUCCUACGAGAGAGCAGAGCUACCCAGGGAGUGCCAGCCGCGCGCUCCGCUGGGUAGUACGGCCCACAAACCCAGCCCAGAGAUGCUCCAGCCCUCCGAACACGCAUCCCCAGUACAGACUUUAAAGAUGGAACCGAUCCACCAGGUUCCAUCGUCGCUCCCUUCCACUCCAAUUUCAGUCUCACAGGCGGUCUCCACCUCAGCGGGGCCGUCUCCAUCAGUGAGUUCCUCGAUCUCUGGUCUCAGUGCUUCCUCUGGACUUAGUCCAUGGACUCACCACCCAGUUAUGAUCGAGGGAGUGGUCGGAUCCAUGAGCCAUCAUGACCAAAUUGACUUAAAUUUACACAGUCUUACUCCCCAAGCUCCUUCGUUGAGUGAGCUCGAGUCAAGCGGUUCCUCUUCUUCAAAGUACAUUCCUUUGCAGUCUCCAUCAGUAAAACUGGAGCACAUUGAGCACACUAAGCUCGAACCUGUGUCGGAGAACAACCGACUUGGCGUCUUCACUUCCGAUCCAAGCGAGUAUCCCUCAACUGUCGGCGACAUCGAUGGAAUUUCUACGCUGCACGCGACGUCACCUUCUCUUCUGACUACACCAUCUUUGGUCCAGUCUAUGUCCGGCCACCCGCCCAUCUCCUCAUCUACCUUGUCAACAUUGGAACCCUCUCCAUCAGCCUCAUCCCUGGCCACAAAAACACCACCACCAACCUCGAGCUCCGGCUCAGUAACGCACAGUUCAUCCAAUUCACGAAAAAGAGACUCUACCUCUGAUUCACAUGACACGCCAUCCAGCUCGUCAAAACGCGUCAAAAAAGAAGACAAAGAUGACAAAAAACCUCAACCUAAGAAACGAGGCAUCUUCCCCAAACAAGCAACUAACAUACUUCGAGCCUGGCUUUUCCAGAACCUGACUCAUCCAUACCCAUCUGAAGAACAGAAAAAGAACCUGAGCCAACAAACUGGACUCACGAUUCUCCAGGUUAACAAUUGGUUUAUCAACGCACGUCGUCGGAUUGUUCAACCCAUGAUCGAUUCCUCCAAUAGAGCAAUGGCGCCUUACACCACUGGUUCUUAUCCAUCUCCAGAUCCUUAUGGCCCAGGAAUGGGAGUAUUCCCUCAUCCGAUGCAUCCUGGACUUCAAGGAUUCGGAGGAGGAAUGGGCUCAGGCAUGGGUCUCCCACCACACUCACUUCCCGCAAUGCCUCCACCGCCGAUGCCUCCAAUUUCUCGCGAUGGUGGCAUGACGAACAUGUUCUCGGCCUUCGGCUCCGGCCAGCUCCCGAAUCAUCACUCGAUGCUUGGCGGCGGUGGCGGCCUGCACGGCAUCGGCAACCCCCAUGGCUACCCGUCGAUUCCAACACUGCCCCCAGAUCUCACCUCCCUCUCGAACAGCUGUUGA